GGCUCCAUUUCAGACCCUUUUAGCAAUUGUAUGCAAUAAAUAGCCUUGUAAAAAAAAAAGCUCCAGGAAACUUCCUCUACCUUGAAGUGUACCUUGUGAUGUAACGGACAAAAUUCAGACCAGUGAGAUGUAAGCCGAGGCGGUGCACCUUUUAGUGGAACCAUGGGACACGGAGUGGGCUAAACCAGAGAGCAUAGAAAAACACAUCAGUUGCUUCUUGUUGUGGUGUAUGACAUGGCCACGACCUCAUCUGGAGAAGAGACUAGCCAUAACCACAGAGACACGUCACAGCUCUAUGCCACUGUUUCCAGUGCCAAACUCAAGCGGAAGAAGAGCCUGUUUGGGACAGCCAUUUAUGUGGAGGUGACAGUAGACGGGGAGUCACGCCGCACAACAAAAUCUCACAGCUCCUCCAGCCCUAAAUGGGAUGAGAGGUUCACUCUGAAUGUAACGCCACACACACAGGUGGAUUUCAAAGUAUGGAGUCACUACACCUUGAAAGCAGAUGCUCUGCUGGGCAAAGCCACACUGGAUCUAGUUCAAGCAUUGGAGCAGCAUGACAGAAAAUUGGAGAAUGUGAAGGAGGUACUGAAACUGAAUGUGGAGCAGAAGGGGGUCCUGGUGCCCAUGGGGGAGCUGACGGUGUUCCUAGAUGGACUCACUUUCACCGAUCAGGAGGAGCUGACACCACUGACCAAUGGCAACACAACAAAUGGCACGAAAGUCCAACAGAAUGGUGACGCCAUCCAUGAAAAUGGGGACUCCUCUUCCUCUUCCUCAAGGGCUGCCAGUAGCACAGUGAAUGGAACAGACUUGGGUCCAAGGUCAGGUUCCUGUUCAGCCUCCAGUGGUGCAGAUGUCCAGGUGCCUUCCAGCUCCUGCAGCCCAGCUCUUGAUCAUGUCGUUAAUGGAGAAGCAAAACCCAACUCCACCCCAGUCCACCAACCCUCAGACAGUGACAUCGAGACUAGAAUGGUGAACGGGGAGUCCUGUGAGGCUGCUGCCAGGCAAACUUCUGAAACAAGAAGUGAUGUGGUGCCUCCUACAGGUGACCAUGAGGACUCUGCUCAAGAUGCUGUCCUUCCAGAUUCAGAUACAGCACCAAAUAGCACAUCUCCACCCCAGCCAACUUCUACGCCUUCGCCAGCCUCUUCUUUUGCUGCUAAACCUGCCGAUGGCACCGCUGCUGCUUCAACCACGUUUGCCUCUCCAACCCAGGGGGCCAGCACCAACACGACGUCUUCAUCAGCAUUGUCUUCCCCCCCAGCUCCGGUAGAAUCAGGUGCUUCAGCAGCUGCAGGUGGCGGCAGUACUAGUGAUGCUGCACCUGCAGCUACGGACGGGAGCAAGGCCAGAACGCCGGCCCCCAAUGCUGCCGCCUCAGAUCCUCUACCCCCAGGGUGGGAGCAAAGAAAAGACCCCCAUGGGAGAACAUACUAUGUCGACCACAACACCAGGACGACUACCUGGGAAAGACCACAGCCACUACCACCAGGAUGGGAGCGUCGAGUGGACGAUCGGGGUAGGAUCUAUUAUGUGGACCACAACACCCGCACAACGACGUGGCAGCGUCCCACCAUGGAGUCGGUGCGCAACUUUGAGCAGUGGCAGAGCCAGCGCAGCCAGCUGCAGGGCGCUAUGCACCAGUUCAACCAGAGAUACAUCUACUCUGCAUCAAUGAUGUCUGCAGAGAAUGAUCCUCUCGGCCCGCUGCCUCCUGGUUGGGAGAGGCGCGUGGACUCCAAUGACAGAGUGUACUUCGUCAACCACAAUACCAAGACAACGCAGUGGGAAGACCCCCGAACCCAAGGGCUACAGAAUGAGGAUCCCCUUCCUGAAGGAUGGGAGAUCCGAUACACAAGGGAAGGUGUUCGCUACUUUGUGGAUCACAACACCCGAACCACCACGUUCAGUGACCCCCGCACUGGAAAGUCCUCCGUCACCAAAGGACCUCAGAUUGCAUACGAGCGGAGCUUCCGAUGGAAGCUUGCCCAUUUCCGCUACUUGUGCCAGUCUAAUGCUCUUCCCAGCCAUGUGAAGAUCAACGUCUCCAGACAGACGCUGUUUGAAGACUCUUUUACGCAAAUCAUGGCCCUCAAACCUUACGACUUGAGGAGGAGGCUGUAUGUAAUCUUCAGAGGCGAAGAGGGUCUAGACUAUGGCGGCUUAGCUCGGGAAUGGUUCUUCUUAUUGUCCCAUGAAGUGCUGAACCCCAUGUACUGUCUGUUUGAGUACGCUGGCAAGAGCAACUACUGUCUGCAGAUCAACCCGGCCUCGGCCAUCAACCCCGACCACCUCUCCUACUUCUGCUUCAUAGGACGCUUCAUAGCAAUGGCACUUUUUCAUGGCAAGUUCAUAGACACGGGCUUCUCCUUGCCUUUCUAUAAACGCAUGCUGAACAAGAAGUUAAUACUCAAAGACCUGGAGUCCAUCGACCCAGAGUUCUACAACUCACUCAUAUGGAUCAGGGACAACAACAUCGAGGAAUGUAAUCUGGAGAUGUACUUCUCCGUGGACAUGGAGAUCUUGGGAAAGAUCACCUCUCACGACCUCAAACCCGACGGCGUCAACGUCCUGGUCACCGAGGAGAACAAGGAGGAGUACAUCAGUCUAAUGGCCGAGUGGCGGUUCUCCCGGGGGGUGGAAGGCCAAACCAAAGCCUUCCUGGAUGGCUUUAAUGAGGUGGUUCCACUUCAGUGGCUCCAGUACUUCGAUGAAAAGGAGCUUGAGGUGAUGCUGUGCGGCAUGCAGGAGGUGGAUCUUCAGGACUGGCAGAGAAACACUGUGUAUCGGCAUUACACCAGGAACAGCAAGCAGAUCAUCUGGUUCUGGCAGCUGGUGAAAGAGGUGGAUAACGAAGUUCGGCUGCGUCUCAUGCAGUUCGUCACAGGAACCUGCAGACUGCCUUUGGGUGGCUUUUCUGAACUUAUGGGAAGCAACGGCCCCCAGAAGUUCUGCAUCGAGAAGGUGGGAAAGGACACGUGGCUUCCUCGGAGUCACACAUGUUUUAACCGCCUGGAUUUGCCUCCCUACAAAAGCUACGAACAGUUGAAGGAGAAGCUGCUCUUUGCCAUAGAGGAAACAGAAGGAUUUGGCCAAGAAUAGUCCUCCGGUGUUGUUCUCUGUUUUAUUCAGCCAACAAAACAAAAAACAACAAAAAAAAUUGCACAAGAUAACCACCAAUGUACUGUAUAUAAGCUAUUUUGUCAUUUAAAACCAAAUCCUAAUUUGCUGCAUAAUUUUUGCCGCAGUCCUAUUCCCCAGUCCUCAUAUAUAUAUAUAAAUAUAUAUAUAUAUAUAUAAAUAUAUAUUAUAUACUACCCUGUCAUGAAAAUAUGCAAGCUUUUUAGCUUUGUGCUCUACUGUUUGAAAACAGGAAUCAUAGGAUAUUUUUUAGAUAUCCUCCCCACCGCUGACUGGCUUUUAAAAACAGACUUAAAGAGUUUUUUUUUGAGAGGAUUUUAUAGUUGAAGUGAAUCUUCUUAUAAAGCUCUAGUUCUAUAGAGCUUUUAAAGGGCAGAGGGAGAGUAUUGGGGUCUUGUGCCUGAAGUUGUUGGACUCAUGGCAGUUUUGACGUCCUCGCGUGCUUGCAUGCUACCUACAACGAUCCAAGACCGCAGCGGCCGCCCGCCACCGCCACACACGUGCACGCCCACAUUUUUAGCACGGAUCGCUCCGUCUCCCAUUGAGCUCGUCGCCAUGUUUUCCAGGGAGGCCCGGCGCUCAGGAUGUACCCGUGUGACCUGCAGAACACGUAUCCAAGUGAGGCUUCAGCCCAGCGAGAUUAGAUGCACCCGCCCAGAGGAAGCAGCAGCAUUACAACCUCCUAUUUGGGGCAAAACCAAGAUAAAGUGUUUUAUCAAAAACAGAAUAACAGGAGCGCUGCUGGUGUCCCCACAACCA